ACAAAAUGUCUCUUCUGCCUCUUGUAUUGCUUCUCCUCCUCAUCACCAUGGCCGUGGCAACCCCUCUCCGCCCGGGGUUUUACUCAGAAACUUGCCCAGAAGCUGAAUUCAUCGUGCGGGAUAUGAUGAUAAAGGCCAUGAUUAGAGAACCAAGAAGCGUCGCCUCUGUUAUGCGCUUCCAGUUCCACGAUUGCUUCGUUAAUGGCUGUGAUGCAUCUUUGUUGCUUGAUGACACACCAACGAUGCUCGGAGAAAAACUGGCUCUUUCCAAUAUAAAUUCGCUAAGAUCUUUCGAAGUCAUCGAUGAGAUAAAAGAGGCUCUGGAGAAGGUCUGUCCGGGAACUGUUUCUUGUGCUGAUAUCAUAAUUAUGGCUUCCAGAGAUGCCGUUUCACUGAGUGGAGGACCCAAUUGGGAGGUGAAGCUAGGAAGGGAAGAUAGUUUGACAGCGAGCCAAGAAGACUCAGACAGUAUCAUGCCAAGUCCAAGAGCAAAUGCAAGUUUCCUCAUUGAUUUAUUUGCCAAAUUCAAUCUCUCUGUGAAAGAUCUUGUAGCUCUUUCAGGUUCACACUCUAUUGGGCAAGGCAGAUGCUUUUCAAUCAUGUUCAGGCUCUAUAACCAAUCUGGGUCAGGCAAGCCUGAUCCAACCAUUGAGCCCAAGUUCAGAGAAAAGCUAGACAGACUUUGCCCACUCGGAGGAGAUGAAAAUGUGACAGUAGAUCUUGAUGCAACACCUCAAAUAUUCGAUAACCAAUACUUCAAAGACUUGGCUGCUGGAAGAGGGUUUCUGAAUUCCGAUGAAACACUGUAUACAAAUCCAGAGACCAGAGAGUAUGUUUGCUUAUUUAAAGAAAACCAAGGUGAAUUUUUCAAGGCCUUUGCGGAGGGAAUGAUAAAGAUGGGAGACUUGCAAUCCGGGAGAGCUGGAGAAAUUAGGAGCAAUUGCAGGGUGGCAAAUAGAAGGCCUGUGGACAUUUUGUUAGAGUCUGGACUGUGAGAACUGAUGAGAAGAGGGAUUAAUAGAUUAGGGAGGUUAAGAAUUGAAAGGGAUUAAUGCAUAUAAAACUAGCAAAAUAAUAUAAUUGAGUGCAGUUAUAUUGUUCUCAUGGAUGAUGUUGCAGAAAUUGGGAUUGGUCAGUGAGAUGUUGCAUCAAUCUUAUGAUAAUGCAUGAGUAUGGUUUUGGUUGGAACCUUUGCAUAAAAACUC